CGAGGGUUCUUGUCUUCUCGAACCAGAUUCAAUAACUCUCUCUCGCUCUUGGCGACGUUGGCGUCUGUGUUCUUCUUUGCUUGAGUAAGCCCAAACAGGCUCAAGUAAAGAAAGGACAAAACUUAUGGAUUCAUCAGAUAAAUGGGAAAUCAUUCAUAUACCUGAAAAGCCUGCAUUGUCACCUGACCAGCAGCCAACUGUGAAGGUAUAUGCGAGUCUAAUAAAACCCAAAUUUGCCAAUACGAUAGUAAGGCAUUUAUGUAAGAUUGCUCCUUUAGAAGACCUUCGUCAUGUUAAGAGAGUGAAGAAGAAGAUUCUUCCUGAUCGCGGUGAAACUCAGUUGACUGUCAUCUUAUGUCUAGCACCUGAGCAUCACGAUCGUUUGAAUGAUAGUAUGCCACCUGAUGUACAGAAACUUGUUGAUCCCUAUGAGUUGAGUCCUUUUAUUACACAAGUAUGCAAAUAUGCUGCAGUGUCGAAAGAAGAGUGGGAAGAACAAAGUAAGAUAUGGCCAACUUCAUUUCACCCUCCAACCUACAAUAUAGAUGGCAUCGGUGGGUUCAGCGAGGAGGACACAGAAUCUAUCUGCAAGUUCAUGAGAGUUGUUAUUGAUAUGGCAGUAUCUGGUCAUAAACCACUUGUAAAUGCUGCAGUGAUAGUCGAUCCCUCAGUUAGGCGAAUAAUAGCUAGUGAAACUGAUCAAGUAUAUGCUUCGUCUGGCGACAACACUAGCACUGAGACUAGCCCCUUUAAGGAAACGGGGGAUAUAUGCUUAAAUGACACACUUGAAAAACAGAAUGGUUCAUUGUCUGCUGUUGCUUGUCUGAAUCCCUGGAACUGGAGUUUACAGCCGCAUGACACUGAAAAGUGUAGCCUGUGGCAUCCUCUUAGGCAUGCUUCCAUGGUUUCCAUUGAAUCUUCUUCUGCCAGAGAUAGACAUCUGUUUCCCAAUUCAUCCGAGAUUUUUGGUCAGGAUCACGUUCAUCCCUCAAAUAUGGAUUCUCCAGCUAAAAAGCAGAAAACAAGCAGUCAGAGUCCACACGUCCAAAUUGACAGCAGAGAAGAAACUCUUAGAGAUCCUUCAAUGGAAAGGCCGUACCUCUGCACUGGUUAUGACAUUUUCCUCCUGUUGGAGCCUUGUACAAUGUGUGCUAUGGCGCUUGUGCAUCAAAGAAUAAAGCGGAUUUUCUAUGCUAUUCCAAACCCUACGGCAGGCGGUCUCGGGAGUGUUCAUAGACUUCAAGGGGAAAAGAGUUUGAACCAUCAUUAUGCAGUGUUUAGAGUUUUGCUGCCUGAUGACGCCCUUAGACAAUUGGCCUCAGUCUAAUGCAUUGUUGUAGUUGAGUAAUAAUUGUAUUACAGGUUCUGAGUAAGAAAGCUGAUUCUUUGUUCUUGUUCUUUCCAAGAAUCCAAAAUCUUAUUGAGUUAUAUGUAAACUAUCAAUGUUAGUCAACACAAAUCAUUUUAUUCUAA